UACGAAGCCAUCUCAUACGUCUGGGGCGAUGAGACCUUCCCGCAACCCAUCCUCGUCAACGGCCGCUUCCUCGCCAUCAGACGCAACCUGCACAACGCGCUAUACCACCUCCGCCACCCCCGAGAAUCGGGACGCCGCCGCACCCUUUGGGUCGAUGCCCUCUGCAUCAACCAAUCCGACAUGCACGAGCGGAACCAUCAAAUCUCACUCAUGCGCAACAUCUUCAGCAAUGCGCGCCAGGUCAUUGCCUGGCUGGGCGAA